CUGCAGGUUAGAGGGUUGUAACCUCUCUGUCUUCUGGUGUCUGCCUCUUUGUGGGUGAAGUUGAUUGAUACAGGGGCUUCCUGAUGGCAGGGACUGGUGCCUGCCCACUGUCUCACUGGCUCACAGGCACCCAAUGGAGAGCUCACGCGCCUGGCCCUUCAGACCACGUUCCAGGAGCCGGAGAGCCCCGCCCACCGUGCAGAAGCCCCGCCCACCACGCGUAUUCCCAGCUGGCGGCGGGCCGUGCGCAGAGAGGCUGCACCUGGCUCUCGUCCCAGCCUUUCUGGAAGCUUUGGCACAGGCAGUGACCUAGGUGUUGCCAAGUGGUGGCCACGUUCUCUUUUGAUUCAGAAGAGAGCAGCUCAAGGAUGCCAGCUUCAUGAAGAAUACAUUUUCAAUACUGGGGGACAGUGGAAGAAGCUGGCGUUUGAUGAAAUGAAAUUAAGUCAGGACAAGAACAAUUUGAGGUAUGAAAUUCUCUGCUCUGUGAGCCACUGCCCCCUCCCCUUUAACGUCCAUUGUGUAUUUGCUUUAUCCACUAAGUAGAUCCCCUUAGAAGACACAGCAAUGCCUACUCACAAAAAAAAAAGAAGAAAAAGAAGGAGGGCAAUUUUCUUCUGGGACCGGCAAGACUCAACAGAUGAUUGGCCGGAACAGAGGGGAAGGGAGCCUGGGCCUCUGUGAAGGAGAGUGAAAGGACAGUGCUGUUGUCCCCAGCUUCUCCCACGGACAUGGCUUUGCCUCUGAGGUCCCUCAGUAGGGGCUUGGCCAGUGCGGCCAAGGGAGACCAUGGCGGGACAGGAGCCCGCACCUGGCGCUUCCUGACCUUCGGGCUGGCGCUCCCCAGCGUGGCCCUCUGCACCCUCAACUCCUGGCUCCACUCAGGCCACCACCAUCGUCCGGAGUUCAUCCCCUACCAUCACCUCCGGAUCCGCACCAAGCCCUACUCGUGGGGAGACGGCAAUCACACUCUUUUCCACAAUCCCCGGGUCAACCCUCUGCCCACAGGCUAUGAACAGCCCUGAGGCCUUGCUGAUGACUCUAGACAAUAAAAGUGUGGAAGCUG